AUGAGCUGGCCGGUGCUUCAGCAGCCUCAGUCUCUGGUCUAUUCAGAUGCAGCUCAGUGGUCUUCAGGAAUCUGUGACUGCUGCGACGACAUGAAAGACUGCUGCUUUGCGUGCUGGUGCUGUCCCUGCUUCGCCUGCAGGACCAGCAGACAGUGGGGUCAGUGUCUCUGUCUCCCCCUGCUGGACGCUUUCGGCUGCAUCCCACCCAUCACCAUGUCCAUGAGGGUCUCUGUCCGCCAUCACUACGGCAUCCAGGGUAAUCUGUGUACGGACUGUGUUUUCUCCUGCUGCUGCUCGUCGUGUGUCUGGUGUCAGAUUUCCAGAGAGAUAAAGAAGAGGAAGCUUCCUGCUGUGCUGGGUGACAUCAUCCAUAGCUGA